AGCGCUAGUGAACUAGCCCGUCGGGUGGCGAUGAGGAGCAACGAGCAGUCGUAUGUCCGCCAUCGAGGGCCCGAGAGGAACGUGCCUCGCGGAUCCACACUCAGGCGCCAGUUCCCUUCGCCCUGAUGCAGCACAGCCCACCGGAGAUCAAAGAUAGAUUGCUAAAGGCUCUGGAUUCCGAAUAUAAUGUUGUUGAUAUGGGCGCCGUUUUGGAAGUCAUAACAAUCUUGGAGAAGACGCAUAUGACAAAGGAGUCCUUGGAGGUAACACGACUGGGCAAGCACAUCAAUGAAUUCCGACGCAAAACGAACAACGAAGCCCUGGCCAAAAGGGCCAAGGACCUGCUUCGAAGGUGGAGGAGCAUGAUCGUGCCAGGCGGGGGUGGCGCGGCGCCUGUGACUUCGACGCCACCCCUCGAGCCUCUUGCCACGCUGAACGGCUCCAACAGCACCAACAUCACAGGACCUGGACCAGGAGGGACACACAAGUCAUGCAGGUCAACCCUGACCUCUCCAGCAAUGUCGACGGCCAGCAGUUCGAGUCCUGGUCUGCGGCGCCUGCCUUCGGUGCCGAGCAGCCCCCAGUUGAGCCGAACCGCCUCCCCUCGGCUGGAGCCAGUCGGCCGCACACAUGCCAGCAACAAACGCCUCCGGAAAGAGAAUCUGGAGGGGGCGGAGGCGGCCGCCGCCUCAGGUCCGACCCCAGGGAAGCAGCAGCGAGUCAACGGCUGCUGCACUAAAGAAAGUGCCUCGAUCAGCCCCCUAGUGCCUAACCUAGACUUAGUCAAGAAGAGCAAGCACAGCUCAAGCAGCACAUCAAGCUCAGCCUCCACCUUGCAGCCUCCACCGCCUCCGGCCUCCACAUCAUCUCUAGUCGCAGACACUGAUAUUGUCAAAGCCAAGAUGGCGCAGAUGGGUCGGCGCGUCAAGACCACGCAGGAGCUGCUGCAAGACCUGAAGCAUCGUGAUGGAGGCGGCAGCGUCGUCGCGCUGACGGCGCCCAACACGGACGCCGACGACUUCCGCCGCAGCAAAACCGAGCACCUGGCCAAAUUCCUGAACUCGCAGGCCGAGAACGAGCGACCAGUUGCGCCCCCAAAGGUGGUUCCCGAGGUAAUUUUGGCCCCGGGAUCGCCAACCACGCGGCGGGUUGCCGAAAUCUUGUCCUCGCUGCCUCCGAUCGACCUGUCCGUGCUGGAGGAGGACCAGGAGGAAGAGGAGCCGCCCCCAGAACGCAGCCCCCAACCGCCUCCGGAGGCUCUGAUCGAGCAGGUGCUGGCCGGCGACCCGAUCGAGGGGGUCACGGGCACCCGGGAGGAGGAGGAGGGGGAGGGUGACAAGACUGAGCAGGCCUUCAAGGAGUGGCACGAGCCCGUGUGGCGCCGCUCGUACGACGCGAAGCCGUUCCUUGUGUGGCCGUACGUGAUCACAGACUGACACACCGUUGUCUGGCCGCUCCAAGCUCGCCUGUUUUGCAUUCCGCGCGUCUCCUGGGGCCACUAGCCUAGAUUCCUCCGCUUCUGUUUCUUUCAGUUUUACCUUUUAAGCGAGAAUUUCCGUGGAAUGCAAUCUAGAUUAUCAAAAAGUGCCUCCGAAACGAUUUCCACUGACAAGUCUUACACUUAUCGUAUAAUGCAGCAUUUCAAAGAAAAUGAAAAAAAAAGUCAGAUUAUUUGUUAAUUUGGAAAGGAGAGGAGAUUUGUUUACCGAAAAAUCGUACUUUGCACCAAAAGUUUAAUUUGAAUAUUUUUAAUCCCGAGGGCAGACAUUAAAUUCUGAUUAGGAAUUAUGUGUAUUUAAGGCAUCCUUAUUGAAAAAUUGAGUCUUUACAGCAGUGAUGGUUAAAAUUUCUGCUCUUAUUGUUGCAAAGACUUGAUGACUUUGAUUUUUACCACUUGCGUUGAUUGGCUUUGCAUUCGCACAAUAUUGGCAUCGGCUUGUAAUAAUUUUGCAUUUAUAUCGCUCGAGUGCUGAAUCGCAGAAGGGCCCAAACUUUUAUUUUUCUACGGAGCACACGUACGUGGUCCCAGGCGGAAUCGAAUCAUCCAUGAUGUAUCAAUUUAUAUUCCACGAAAUGGACAUCCUAAAUGCCAAAGUUGUGAUUUCCAGCCGCGCGCUCGCGGCUGCUAAAUUAAUUAAUUUGAUUUCAUCGAGUCCUCUUGUAUCAUACAUUUCACUGCAUUUCGUUUUUAAUGAGUGGUUUGGCACGUACAUGUCUCGGUUUUGAUAGAAAAAGAGAGUGAGCAGAUUGGUCGGUGCUGAACGAAAUUAAUAUCAUAUAUUCGCCCCCGAGAUUGCCAACCUAGGUGUGUGUAAAUCCCGAAGCCAUGAUUAUAUGCGUGUUUCGUUGCCCUCUCCAGUGUAAUUGAAUAUGUUGUGUUUGAUGUUGAAUUAAUUUUAGUUGAUUUAAAUAUUAAUUAAUACCGAUCCACAGUAUAUGAGUUAAAGUAGUUUUCCUCACUCAAGACGACGAAGUAAAAAAGAAGAGACGAGCCGAAGCGGCCAUCGACUGGCCUGGGCUGCGCCGCUACUUGUUGAAUUUAAUCAACCUAUAUAUAUAUAAAAAAAAAUACAAAAACCACUAAAAAUUGAAAUAUCGGUGAACAGAGUGAAAAUCAAAUCUUUAGAAGUGGAGCCGCGGAAAUUUUUGUUUUUAAUCGUCGCGCCAUGGAUCUAAGAGAGAAAAAUUAUAUUCAAUAAACGAACA